GCGUUUGGUUCGUCGUGCGGGUGCUGCUCUGUGCCAUAUCCAUUGAAAGCCGGACGGGGUCCCAACUCUGCAGGCACCCCGAAAAGAGAUCCCCUUCGACUGGGCUUCUCGAGACAGUGUCUAAUUUUUUAUCGCAGCCAACUUGCAAUUUAUGUGGCUAAUUAGAACAAAAAAGAAAGAGGCGACGGUGGACCAUUAGUGCGUGACUCUCGAAUGCUGUAAGUGCUGCGCAUCCGUCAGGUUGCGUGUGCCGCGCCCCUGCCGCCCACAAAAAAAAAGAAGAAAAAGAAAAAGACACCGUGCCGGAAGAUAAUAAUAAUACACUUCAGCUAUCAAAACACUCGAAAAAAGCUGGGAAAAAAACGGAAUCCUUAAAAUCUGCAAUGCCAAAAAUAAACGAAAAGGAAUUGAAAUUUAGGGCAAAGACGGAUUACGACUAGCAAUAACAGCCGAAAGCGGAAAAUAAGGCAAAUAAGGCGGUUUUGCCAAGUGUGCGGGAAAUUCAACAGAACAGAAAAGAACAGAACAGAAGAGUGAAUUGCGGAAAGUGCGUAUGGCAGAUAGACCCAAGUAAAUCAUAUGGAAAUGUGAACGCGUCACGCUGCCUCAUUAACGUUUUGCCACCGCCGCCCUCCAGUUGCGUGUGGGUCAUCAAUUAAUUCCAGUCAGUUUUCGCACUUAAAGCGCCAAAAAAGCAGCAUUAAAAAAGAAGAAAACCAUCGGACAGAGCGGAGAAAUUAAUGACACAAUAACACACUGCGGUUUCGUUUGUAGUGGUCAGUGUGUGCAUCUGUGCGUGUGUGGUGCCGCGGUAAGGGAAUUGUGUUUUAUUUCAGAGUGGGCGCAACAGUUCGUCGGCUCCUCUAUAUAUGCAUGUGCAUAUGCAUAUAGACCACCCCCUCGGAUCCGAUCGGUCGCGUGCGGCAUAAUUUAUCACAAUUGUCAUCGUCGGCAGUGAAAGUGCAGCAUCCAUAAUAAACAAAUACGAAUUGUUUAUGCAGACAUCUUCCCCAAAUACGGGUCAGUGCAUUAGAACAAUAGCUGCAAGCUGCAAAAGUUUGGCCCACUCUCUGUUGGCCAAGCAAAAACAUAAAUUAAUCUCACUGUUGGCCGAGUUGGAGGCCUUGAAAGUUCCUCCGCCCUUUGGAUUAGUAUACGCAAGAAACCCGGGGAUUCCCGACCGUCAAUCCGCCGAAGGAGAGCGACCAUAAAACGGCGAAUAAACAUGUAAAAGUACAUUAAGCGAUUCUACGGACCUGAUCUGAGUCACACGGACAUGCAUUCGUAGAUGUCUGCGGAAAUGCUCUUUUUAUGGGCCAAGAGUACAUUGGCGCUUCAUUAAAGCCAACGGCGGAAGCGGAAAUAGCCGAGCGGCCAUAACAGGGAGACGCGUGUUUAUUGGCGCCAGGACACGAACUGCGUACAGCGAACUGCAGUCGACUUGCAAGCUGCAACAUUCUCUACUUCCCAUGCACUUUUUUGCGUUUCUUUGACACUCUGGUCAAAUUGAAGUUUGCCACAUAAAUGACGAGACGUUCUCGCGUUUGGCACAACGCACCGCAAGCACAACAAAAUGACAGCCAUGCAGCUUUUAUUACCAACAAGCGGAAUACCAGCAAUAGCCAAACCAGAACCCGAGACAACAGCAAUGCAAACGACAUAUUGGCAGCAGACAACCGGCAACAGCAACAGCAGCAACAACAACAGCAACAUCAGCAACAGCAACACACAUCGAAAAUCACGGACGAGAUGCCCGGACAAUGGGAAAACGAUUUGGGCUGUCGGCUUGACGUUGGCCCUGUUGACUUGCCUGCAGCAGCUAAAAUCGGUUUCGGCGGACGAGGAGUCGCAGGAUUUUCAAAAGAACAUACCCGCUCGUUUGGUUUGGGCCGCCUUGGGCAAAACCGUGGAGCUGCCCUGCGAUUUGACGCCGCCUACGCCGCAGGAUUCGGUGAAGCUGCUGCUCUGGUUCAAGGACACCACGGGCAUUCCGCUGUACAGCCUGGACUCGCGGGGCGGAAACGUGAAGCUGGCACCCCAUGCCGCCAUAGCUAGCGAUCUGGGGCAGCGUCUGUUCUUCAGCAUCGGCGAUAAUCCCAAGGAUUCGCGCCUGCAGAUCAACGAUGUGAAGCCCGAGGAUGGCGGUGUCUACCGAUGUCGCGUCGACUUCUUCAACUCCCCGACGCGCAACUUCAGGCACAACCUGACCUUAGUUGUGCCUCCCGAGGAGCCGCGCAUCUUCGAUGCCCAGGGCAAGGAGAUAUCCCAGUUGGCAGGACCCUUCCGCGAGGGCUAUGAGCUCUUCUUGUGCUGUCAAGUGAGGGGAGGCCGUCCUCCGCCCAAGGUGACCUGGUGGCGCGACGACACCGAGCUAAUCGGCACCAGCCACACUUCCGUGGAGGAGGGCGCCACCAUGAUGGUUAAUCAGCUGCUGAUUGGCACCACCACGCGGGAUUUCUAUGGCGUUCGCAUCGAGUGCCGGGCGCAGGGAACGCGACUCGUGGAGCCCGUUCGCAAGGAUGUCACCGUGCAGGUUUACUUAAAACCUGUUCGCGUUAAGAUCGCCACGCCCAACGAACUGCUGACCGCCGGGCAUCCUGUGCCUAUUCGCUGCGAGUCCUGGGGCUCGUACCCGGCGGCCAAGAUCACCUGGCUGCUCGAUGGCGAGCCCAUCCGGAAUGCCGAGGUCACCGUCCACAGCGACAAAGAGGACGGCAAUAUCACCACGAGCAUACUGACACUGAAGGUAACAUCGGAGAACGAUAAUGCCGAGCUGACGUGUCGGGCCACGAAUCCUUGGUUUUCCGGUGGCGCCAUCGAGGACAAGCGCAUCAUCCGGGUGGCAUAUCCGCCCACGGUAUCGGUGCACUUGGCCAACGAGGAUCCCAGUCGACUGGUGACACGGGCCGAGGGCCAGAAUGUCACUUUCAAAUGCCGGGCGGAUGCCAGGCCGCCGGUCACCAGCUACUCCUGGUUCAAGAAUGGCAUGCGAAUGUCGGGCGAGAGCUCGGAAAUAAUGCACUUGACGCAGCUCGAGAGGGAAAGUGCGGGGGCGUAUGCCUGCGGGGCCACAAAUACGGAGGGCGAAACUCGGAGCACCAGUCUCGCGCUGAAAGUGCAGUUCUCCCCGCGCUGUAAAUCGGGCACCGAGCAAACCUCCAUCGGAGCCGUCAAUCUGCAGUCCAUUUUGGCCAAAUGCGAGGUGGACGCCGAUCCGUCGGACUCCGUGCGAUUCAGUUGGACCUACAACAACACCCGCAAUGUGUCGCCGGUGCUCAACUCGAGGAUACAAUCGAACGGGCUGGCCAGCACGGUGACGUAUCUGCCGCAGACGGACUCCGAGCUAAUAACCCUGGCCUGCUGGGCCAGCAAUGCGGUGGGUCGCCAAACGGCGCCCUGUCUGGUGCACAUCCUGCCGGCAAACACUCCGGAGGCACCGAAGGCCUGCGAAUUGCGCAACGACACCAUCCUGGAGGUGGUCUGUGUGGCAGGCAGUGACGGCGGCCUCUCGCAAUACUUCAUGCUGGAGGUGGUGGGUGGCGACCUGCUCUACUCCAAUGAUCCGGGCGGAUCGGCAGGACAAGGACAAGGACAGGGACGAGGGCAGUUCGGCGAGGCCAUUGGCCUGGGCGACAACGAGAUAUCCACGCUCAACGAUCAGGCGACAUCUGCACCCAUCUUUCGCAUGCAGGAGAACAGUCCACAGUUUCGUUUGAAUAAUUUAGAGCCGGGACGUGAAUAUCAAUUUUUAGUUUACGCCGUCAACGCCAAAGGACGCAGCGAGCCGCCGGUGGUGAUUGAGAAUGUACGCGUGGCCGCCCAACUGGGACCAUAUGAUGAAUCCAUUCUGUCCGAGGACCCAACGCCCGCAGAAACAACGCAUCAUGGGGGCGGCGGCGUGGGCGGGAGCGGCAGCUCCAGCGGACUGGGCACCGGCGCCAGCACGGGCAGCGGACCGGAGAAGCAGUCGACGCUGCUGAUACUCGCCGCCGUCGUGGUGAUAGGCGCCGUCGUGGUGACGUCAAUUAUCGUAGCCGGCAUCGUCGUGGUGUGCCGGCACCGGCCGCGACCACCUGAGCCGCAGGAGGUGCGCAAGAGCAUGCGGCCGGCGAGAAACGAUGUACCGAGCAUGUACAUCGAGGAGGACGAACUCAACGAGCUGGAGGAGGGCGGCGGUCGAGCGGCGGAGAUUAGGGCGCGCGUGGCCCCGCCCAACGCCCACCACUGCGGAGGAGGGGGCAUGCCGGGGGUGGGGUCGAGUGGCGGGGCCAUUGUGGGCGUGGCCGGACCCCAUCACUACAUCUCCGAGAGCUUCAUCCAGUAUGCGCAGCCCAGCCUAAACGGCGACGUGCUGCUGCCCCUGCUCGUGACCUCGUCCAGCCAGCCUUGCAGCACAAAUACGACCGUCUCGAGCGUGGUCCUGGCCAUGCCCCACAGGGAGAAACUGAGUUGUCCCGGACCUGCGAGCCGAAACACUGCCUGGCCGCCCCAAUACCCGGAUCUGAUAUUGCCGCGCGGCGAAUUGGAAUUUACGACUCUGGAUCCAACGCUGAAGUAAUUGUAAAAAGUAAUAAUAAAUAUCUACCAUAGUGAGCAAACGCAAACGCAAGCAGACAAACACUCACGCGCGGUGAGGCCUCAUAAUUCACGGGCAUUUCAUUAAACAUAGCUGUACAUUUUUAGCAUAAAUUUAAAUGCAUUAGCAUAAAAGGUAAAUCGUAUUUCGUACGUGUAAGAGGACAGGCAAGCAGAUAGGGAUAAGCCAUUUUGUAAUUGUCAGCCAUUAAGUGUCACGCGAACUGCGAAUUGCGGAGUCAAAAUCAAAAAGAAAACAUAGAACCCCAGAAGCUGCGCUAUAAAUACGCUACAAACUUGUAACUGAAAUCAAAAUAUAAAACCUGUAAAUAGCAUACACACUCACUUACACACCAAACACUCAUUUUGCUGUUGCACCAUCGACUGUACAUAGAGAACGGGCAAACAUUAAUCAAACUGCAUUUAAAUGUUAAAUAUUAAUUGUAAUUAAAGAACAACUAACCGGUAAGCCUGUAGCCAAGUAAGCCGUGUGUAUUGAAAGUGUAAUUAGACUCAUGGAGCCAACAUCAGAGUUUUCACCAGGUGUCUGCUUCGGAUGUGUGCAAGUAUCUAGGCAAUGAGCCAAUACAUCCAUUUAUGUCUGCAUAGCGAUAUAGGAUUCAUAAGCAGUUAAAGCCGUAUCCUGUUGCUGUUUGGUAAAUGAAAACCUUUUAAACAGUUCCCAAUUCCUCUGGGCCUUCUCUUUCGAUCAAAUAUCUGGCAGUUUCAGUAGCUAUUUAUGGCAAUUCCAUGAAUAUUCUAUUACCACAAUAAGCCGAACUGAAGGCGAAGAUGAAAAACAACCAAAAACAAACACCAGCCAAGUGGGCGAUGUUCGAGUGCAUAAUGAAUAAAUGUCGAGUGGGUCAGAGCCCACAAAAGUUCCACUCUGACACUCUGAGAGCAUUAGACCCAAAGUCAGAUACAACACAAACAAUAAAAGCAAAUUCAGUGUACAUGUUAUAAAUAACUAAAGUAACCGAGCAAAAGUACGACCUAAAAAUAAUAAUAAUAAUAAUAGUACGCCAUACAGUUUACACAAUACUCCAAUGUAAUUCGAAUUCUAAUUUCAAAUAUACAAACAUAAAGUGAAAUGGCAGACUAGCAAAAUAUACUGUGCGUAUGCGUAAUAAAAUAAAUUGAAAUUAUAUAUAUAAAUAAAUAUAUAGAUACAUCUACAUGGCAACACCGGGGGCAAAACAUCCGUCUUUCCCCCGCCUGUCGUUCUCUGUCUCUGUCACUCUGGACAAAACCAAACUGAUUGUUUUUAAGCAAACUUAGAUUAAUAAAUAAAUUAAAUUUAAAAACGAACGAGAAAAGAAAACUUUAAAGUGAAAUACAUUAAAAACUAAGUCGAAACUACUGAGUGUGUUAAUAAUAAUAAUAAUAAUACCGAAUACUGAAUAAAUAAACAAGAUUCAAAAGAAACCAAA